AUGGAGAAGAGGGGAUGGAAGGAGUGGGAAGAGGAGGAAGAUUGGGGGAGAUGGGACGGGGAUGUUAAGGGAGAGAGUGCUGGUGGAAAUGAAGAUGAAUUUUUAUUGGAGGAUUGGGAUAGUGAUGGGGAGAAUGGUGGUAAUGGCAAGAAAGGAACUGGAGAUGAGACUAUUUUCUCAAAAGAAACGUUGGAGUUGAAGAAGAGUGUUGGGUUGUGGAGUAAAGGAGUAGAAGAUGAAGAUGAGGAACUGGAUGAUGAGAUGAAGAUAUUUUACUGUUCAAGAACUCAUUCUCAACUGACUCAAUUUAUCAACGAACUCCGACGAGUAGAAUUUCCACCGUCCAUACCUCCCUCAGAAGAAAAGAAAGAACCCCUCCACGAACACCUCAAACAUCUAACCCUUGGUUCCCGCAAAAACCUCUGCAUAAACCCCAAAGUAAACAAACUCAACUCCGUAACCGUCAUCAACGAACGUUGCGCCGAACUCCAACAAUCUUCAACCCCCAAAGAACAAAAAUGUCCUCAUCUACCCAAUAAAGAUAACAAACCCCUCGUCAACACUUUUCGCGAUCAUACACUUGCUACGAUCCGCGAUAUCGAAGAUAUGGGUUCUCUCGGAAAAGAAAUUUCAAUCUGUCCAUACUAUGCUUCGAGAGCUGCCAUCAGACCCGCGGAAAUAGUCACAUUGCCUUACCCGUUACUUUUGCAGAAGAGCGCGAGAGAAGCGCUGGGGAUUAGUUUGAAAGGACAUGUGGUUAUUAUUGACGAGGCGCAUAAUUUGAUGGAUGCGAUUGCGGGGAUUUAUGGGACGGAAAUGGAGUUGAGGGAGUUGAGGUUGGCGAAGGAAAUGUUGGGGAAUUAUUUUCGGAAGUUUGCGAAGAGAUUGGGAGGGAAGAAUAGGAUUUAUGUGGCGCAGACGAUUAGGGUGGUGGAUAGUUUGGUGGGUUAUUUGGUGAGGAUGUUGGAGGGGUCGGCAAUAGAUGGAGUAGUCUCUCAAAAAGAUCUCCUAUCCGGAAAAGGAGCCGAUCAAAUCGAUCUCUUCAAAUUAAUCCGCUACCUCCAAGAAAGUAAACUAGCACGCAAAGUCGAAUCUUACACCGACCACAUCCGAACAUCCCAACCACAACCCUCCACCUCCUCAUCCAAACCCAAGGAUCCCCCUAAAUCAACGCCCAUUCUCCAAACUCUCACAUCCCUCCUUCUCGCUCUCACCCACCCCACAUCAGAAGGCCAACUCUUCUUCCUCAAACAUGAAACCGACAUUACUCUCAAAUUCCAACUUCUCAACCCGGCCAUCCACUUCGACUCCAUCGUUUCUUCCGCCCGCGCCGUCAUCCUCGCAGGUGGAACCAUGUCCCCCUUCUCAGAUUACACAUCUAUCCUCUUUCCUUCCAUCCCCCCCCAUAAAAUCACAACUCUCUCAUGUGGCCACGUCAUCCCAUCGAGUAACCUCUUCGCCAGUGUAGUCUCCAAAGGCCCAACUGGAUAUCCCUUCAAAUGGACGUAUGAAAAUCGCGCGAAUGCGGAGAUGAUGGAUGAGCUAGGGAGAGUCCUGGUAAAUGUUUGUACGGUUGUCCCUGGGGGCGUGGUGGUUUUUUUCCCUAGUUAUAGGGUCCUGGAUACGAUUCUUGCAAGAUUUGCAGUGAUCAAUCAAAAUAGUAAUAAUAAUAAUAAUAAUGGGAGUAAACCCAAAUCCCUCCUCCAAAGACUCGAAGAAAAGAAAACGGUAGUACGAGAAGCAAAAGAAGAAAGUGUGGAAGAGAUACUGAGAAGAUAUGGAAAGGCGAUAGAAGAGGGAAAGGGCGGGUUAUUGUUUAGUGUUGUGGGGGGAAAAUUGAGCGAGGGAAUUAAUUUCUCGGAUGAAUUGGGGAGAGCGGUGGUGAUUGUGGGAUUGCCGUUUCCGAAUGCGAGGACGGCGGAGUGGAGGAGACGGUUGAGGUUUGUGGAGGAGAGUGCGGUUGGGAGGUUGGUGGAGGAGUAUUGUUCUUCUUUGAAGGGGGUGGGGGAUGGAGAUGAGGAAAUACCAAGAGAGGUCAAAGAAGAGAUGCAGAAGAAAGCAAAAGAAGAAGCGAAGGAAUUUUUUGAGAAUGUAUGCAUGCGAGCGGUAAAUCAGAGUGUGGGGAGGGCGAUUAGACAUAAAGGGGAUUGGGCGGGGAUUUUGAUGGUGGAUGAGAGGUUUAGGGGGGAGAGAGUUAGGGGAAAGUUGGCGGGCUGGAUUAGAGAGGGGGUUAGGGGGGUGGGGGAGGAGGAGCAGGCAUUUGGGAGGGUGAUGGGGGGAUUGGGAGGGUUUGUGAGAGGGGGGAGAGGUGGGUAG